AUGUUUUCCAGAAGUGUUGUAAAGAUGAAUGUCACCAACAGUUCAGAUGAGAAAUGUGACUGGUACUUCCACCGCAACACAGCAAGAAUUAUUCUGCCCAUAUUUUAUUGUGUGAUCUUCCUGUUUGGACUCUUUGGAAACAUACUGGCUUUGUUUGUUAUCCACAAAAACAGAAAGAAGCUCAACUCUACCACUCUCUACUCAAAGAAUUUGGUUAUCUCGGAUAUUUUUUUUGCUAUUGCCUCACCUACCAGAAUUAUAUACUAUGCCUUGGGCUUUAACUGGAUAUUAGGAGAAGCAUUUUGUCGUAUCACUGCCCUUUUCCUUUACAUAAACACCUAUGCUGGUGUAAACUUCAUGACUUGUUUAAGCAUCGACAGGUUUCUGGCCGUAGUACAUCCACACCGUUUUAACAGGAUCCGGAGGGUGAGGUCUGCGAAAAUCAUCUGCAUUGUGGUUUGGCUGCUGGUCUUUUUCCAAACAUUUCCUCUACUGCUACUAGAAAUGUCAAAUGAAGAGUCAAAUAAUAAGAUUACCUGUAUGGAAUACCCCAACUUUGAAAAAAUUGAACAUUUGCCGUUUAUGCUUCUUGGUGCAUGUUUCAUUGGAUACUUCAUUCCUUUAAUAAUUAUACUGUUUUGCUAUUCACAAAUAAGCUUCAAACUGUGCCAGACUGCAAAGAAAAAUCCAUUGACAGAAAAAUCUGGCACCAACAAAAAAGCAACCAGCACAAUCAUUUUAGUCAUCGUGGUGUUUUUCAUCUGUUUUACUCCUUAUCACAUUGCUAUCACACAGUAUAUGUUAAAAAAGCUAACAUAUGAACCAGACUGCAGCGAGAGGCAGAUCUUUCAUGUCGUACUUCAUAUUACUGUGUGUCUCAUGAACCUUAACUGCUGCCUGGAUCCUUUCAUAUACUUCUUUGCAUGCAAAGGAUACAAAAAUCAGAUCAUGAAAAUACUGAGGAGGCAAGCCAGCAUAUCUUCCUCCAGCGCCACAAGACCAGCAGCUGAUGGAAGCUCACGUGAUAUCACGGAAAGCCAAGUAGUACAAUGCAUACCUCUAAACCACGAACCAAGUAAAACACAAAGAAUAUUUAAGGGUAAUGGAAACAAAUAAGACUAAUACAAAACAUGUCAAUAUCAGCAAACGAAAAAAGUGGAUAAUGAUUUGGAUUGUCCUACUUUGUUGAUAAAAUAUGUUGUAUAAUAUAUGGCAAGUA